AAUCCAUAAAUCAAGAAACAAAAAUUUAAGGAAAUGAAAAAUUUUCAUUAUUAUAACUUACAAAACAUGCUAAAGAACACAAAAGCAAGCAAUUGAGGAACAAGGGGCUCAAAAAUGUUUGAGACGGUGACACCUCUGGUUUUGCAGCAGGGAAGAUCAGUCCGCCAAAAAACCAGGUACUAAUCAAUAUAAAUAAAAUAUACUGAUUGAUAUGAAUGCUAGAUUUACCACCCAUUAUUGUUGAUUCUGCUACUACUGCUUUUGCAAUCUCUUUAUUCAUCUUCUAAACAGAUUUAAAUGUUCAAUGUCUCCUUUGCCAUUCUAAGUACUACUACCACAAGAAGAGCAUUGGUCAAUAUAAAAUUUAGAGCUCUAUUUGUAAAUUAUGGACACAUUUAGGAUGUAUCAAACAACUAUUUUGCAGUGUUUGAAAUGUGUCGAGUAUCCUCAGUAGCAAAUGUUCCUAUUAGAUUCUCUCUCUGGUGAUAAAUCUUGAUAGCGGGAUUAAAAAAAAAAAAAAAAACUAGAUGGUGACAUGUUAUUUAUUCAUGUGCAAAGUACACAUAAAUAUAAAACAUGCAAUUGAGACGACAAUAGUGGGCUUAAAAAUGUUGAGAUGGCAACAGCUUCUGGAUUUACUUAUGCUUGAGAAUCUUACCAAACAAUAACCCAUUCUUACACCACACAAGCAUCUUCAAUUAUUUUUUGUUAGAUCAGUUUUGAUUAGAAUCAAAUGCAAUUCGACACAAUAUCUAAAGAUACCUUUUUCACAUGGAUAUAUACUCUGCUGAACUAUUAUAUAACUUUACUUUCAAGGUGUUCUUCUCUUUUGUAUUGUGUUUGCAUCAAUAUUUAAAACUAAACAGCCUAACACUUCUGAGUUCUGACCCAUUACACACACACACACACACACACACACACACACACACUUAAUAAAUCCUUAGAGCAAGCACUGGAGUGAGGUAGAGAAAUUAGAAAUGGAGGAGGCGAUGAAUAUGCUGAUUUGGUUGAUUGUUGUAUGCUUGAGUAGCUUGUGUAUACAUGUCUAUAAUGUUUUGUGGGUAAGGCCUGAAAGGGUCAGAGAGAAGCUGAGUAGGCAAGGUAUCAGAGGUCCACCACCAUCUUUUCUGACGGGCAAUGUCUCACAGAUGAAAAGAAUCUCGUCUGAUCAUAUCGAAGCCUCUGCUGGGCCUCUAACAGCCAACUAUGCCCUUUCUAUGUUCCCCUACUUUGAGCGCUGGACGCAGAUAUAUGGUCAGGUAUAUAUGUAUACCACAGGAAAUGUUCAAAAUUUGUACAUAAGUGAUCUAGGAGUGGUGAAGGAAAUUAGCUUAUUCAAGUCAUGGGACUUGGGUAAACCUGUAUAUUUGUCACCACAACUUAGGUCUUUGUUAGGGGAUAGUGUUGUAAGAUCUAAUGGGCAAGCUUGGGCUCACCAGAAGAAAAUCAUCGCACCAGAGUUCUUUGUGGACAAAGUCAAGGUAAUUCAUCGUCUCCCAGCUAGCUAG